AAGACUCCCUAACUGAGACGUCUGAAGACCCUGUGUGCUGUGAGAAGAAGCUGCCUUGUUUCUGUUGAGGUGUUUGUUUGUUUACUACCGUCACCGUGGCGACCCGGAAACUGUUCUCCAUGAAGAUGAGUGAGACCUGGGUCUGCUUCUCGUGCUGUUAUACUGAACAACCACAACCGAGGAGAAAAAGAAUAGACCGGACGAUGAUAGGCCAACCCACAAACUUUGUCCACACAGGACACAUAGGCCACGGGGACAUGGCAGGCAAUCAUGACGAGGGAGACUCAGUACAACAACAGUCAAAAAUCAAUUCAGUUCAGCUGCAGAUGAGAUCGAAGGGCGGGUAUGACCACUCGUCUCCUGUCAACAACUACCAGAUCAGAGCAGUAGCAGUGGGGGACUUAGCUAACCAUAACUAGAUUGCGAGAAGAUAACGUGAUAGGAAUACGCCAAGAUAAUGCUGUGCAGUCAGACUUUCUAUAUCAACCACUACGUCCCUUAGGAUAUAGACAUCUGUGCAUAUUCAAAUGAUCUCCAAAGAUCUCAACAGACAAGACUGUUUUGAUAGAAGCCUGGUUUGGGUGAAUACUGUCAUCAUGAUGCCUUGGAUUUUACUGGUGUACAGCGCCUUCUAGUGUCUGGGAAAGAAACUGCAGGCCCUGUCUCUGCCAUGUUGGAUAUUAUAUGCACUAGUGUACAGUGCCUCCUAUUGAUGAAGUAAGGAACUGCAGCACCUGUCUCUGCCAUACUGAGAAAAAAAACAUGAGAUUGCAACCUGUACAUAGAUGUGCUUUUAAUGAAAGAUAUUUAGACUGGAAGAUGAUAAUGUUAUGUAGCUGACCUUGCAGUUUUAAUGGGAAGAGAUAGAGGGCAUUGUGGUGUAGAGGGGAGCAUUAACUUUUUCAUACUUUGCUUCACUGCUUGCUUUCGAUCGCGAAAUUUCAGUAUGAACUGAAAUGUCAUAGCAGUUGGUUUUUAACUUCAUACUUGUAUUCUGUAUCCAUGUGUAACAUUACAGUUAUAUUGACAUUCCUUGAUUUUUUACAUGGUAAAUUUUAACGUGCAUUGUGCAUUAUUAUGUCUGUUUGUGUUUUCGAUAUCGUUUUUACCACUUUUAUCAUAUUUUACAUGUUUCAUGUUGUCUAAGUGUUGAAGGCUGGUUGGUGUCUGUAUAAAUGCAUGGUGUAUGAAUAGGCUCACUUUAAAUCUCCAAGUAGAUGUGAGGGGAAAAUUUGGCAACCCCAAAGUCAAAAACACCCGACAGCUUGAAAACGCUAUGAUUUUUCUCUUAACAUUUACUUGGAGGUUUCUUGUUUUUGGACUAACUUGCAAUAUUAUUGUGAUUUAAACUUGCAUUUCAAACUUUAUAGUACUUGGGUGCAUUGCAUAACUACCUUAAACUUUUAUCAUAUCAUUAUGAGGUACUGGAGCUGCUUUGAAAGAAAGAAAGAUGAUAAAAAA